AUAGUAAGGAAAUUGGCAUUAAUUUUUUUUUUUAUGAUAAAUAAAAUUUUGAUUGAAUCAUUUCAGUUAGUGUAGGAAAACCUUGUUUUUUAUUCUGUACCAAAUGGAAUCCUUCUUCUCCACAAGAUUUUCCAUGGCUGCCCUUCUUUAUUUUAUGAUCAUCCCUUUCUUAUUGUUCCUUAAAACUACCCAUGCAGAUUCAAAUCCUCAUUGUUCACCAUCUUCUUGUGGUGAUAUCAUCAACAUAAACACUCCUUUCCGACUUAAGACCGAUCCAAAACACUGUGGCUACUCCACUUUUGAGCUUUCUUGCGAGAACAAUCUUACUGUAUUACACUUGGAGUCUGUCAAAUACUUACACAUAGAUCCUGUCAAAUACUUUGUGCGGUCAAUCAAUUAUGCCAACUACACAAUUCGAGUUGUGGACUCCAAUGUUGACAGGAACAAUUGCUCCACCUUUCCAUCUCGAACAUAUUCCGAUCGCUACAAGUACUUUACAAAGAUUAUAGCAAUCUUGAAAUGUGAGAAUCCAGUUGUGAAUUCCCCUGAUUAUAUAGACACUGCUCCUUGCAAUAUUGGUGGUAGUUUAGCCUCCCAAUAUUCCAAAACCAAAACUACUGAUCAUGUUUCUUCUUCUUAUUAUUAUGUGGUCGAUGGUGGUUUUAACGUUUCUGAUUUGGCGAGCGGGUGCCGCUCGGAGCUGACUACUUUAAUAUCGAAUCAGACAGUGGUGAGUGGGAGGAAUACUUCUUAUGUGGACAUUCACAACCAGCUUGUUUAUGGCUUUGAGCUUUCAUGGUUGAGAACAAAUUUCUAUAACGGAACAUAUUACUGCUACAUGGAUUAUUCCAACGAGAUGCAAUGUAGGCUUUAUUGGUGGACGAGAGCUAAAAAAAUUCUAUGGAAUUUUUACGAAGUAAUACCCUAUUCAAUUUGUGGCCUCGUAGCACUUGCAGGACUAAAAUUUAUAUUGGGGACUCCAUUUGUAGUUGCCUUUAUAAUCUAUAAAUGGCGAAGACGUCAUUUAUCAAUGUAUAAUUCUAUUGAGGAGUUUCUUCAUAGUCAGAAUAAUCUCACUCCUAUAAGAUACUCAUAUAGAGAGAUAAAAAAGAUGACCCAAAAUUUCAAGAACAAAUUAGGUGAAGGAGGUUAUGGCUCUGUAUUCAAAGGAAAACUUCGUAGUGGUCGUAUUGUUGCAGUUAAGAUAUUGAGUAAAUCCAAAGGAAAUGGGCAAGACUUCAUCAAUGAAAUUGCUACAAUUGGCAGAAUUCAUCAUGUUAAUGUCGUUCAUUUGAUAGGAUUUUGUGUCCACUCCUCAAAGCAUGCUCUUGUGUAUGAUUUCAUGGCUAACGGAUCUUUGGAAAAAUACAUUUUUUCUCAAGAAGGAACUACCUCCUUAAGUUGCGAGCAAAUAUUUGAAAUUUCACUUGGUGUCGCACGUGGAAUUGAGUAUAUGCACCAAGGAUGUUGCAUGCAAAUUUUACACUUUGAUAUCAAACCUCACAACAUUCUUUUGGAUGAAAAUUUUAUUCCAAAAGUUUCUGAUUUUGGGUUAGCAAGAUUAUGUUCAUUGGAUAAUAAUAAUGUGUCCCUAACUGCAGCAAGAGGAACCUUAGGAUAUAUAGCUCCUGAGCUAUUUUACAAAAAUAUUGGAGGAGUUUCUAAUAAAGCUGAUGUGUAUAGUUUUGGAAUGUUGUUGAUGGAAAUGGCAAGUAAAAGAAAGAAUAUAGUCGCAGUUGCAGGAAAUACUAGUCAAAUUUACUCUCCUUCAUGGGCGCAUGAUCAAUUAAGUCAAGAAAAAAAUGUCGACGUCGCAACAGCAGAUAUAGAUGGGGAAGAUUCAAUAAUUAUAAAGAAAAUGAUUAUAGUGGCAUUAUGGUGUAUACAAAUAAAGCCAAGUGAUCGCCCUACAAUGAACAAAGUCAUAGAAUUGCUUGAAGGAGAAAUUGAAUGUCUACAUAUGCCUCCUAAACCUUCUCUAUAUGAAUUGGAGAAGCCUAUUGAUCAUGUUCAAUUUACAUUGUAUUCAGUGGACUCAAUAAUACCAUCAUUAACACUACAAAGAUAAUUUUGAACCUACAUCCCAUCAAUUGGCAUUUACAGUCUCUGUACUUUUUUUUAUAUAUAAAAUUAUUGCUUUUCAUCUUUGUUAUAUCAAAAUAUUAUUGUCAUUUGUGAUUUA